AUGUUGGAUAUCGAUGAUAUUCUGGCCACCGAGAACGAGCUGCGUCAAGUCAUAGAGGACCAUGGUCCAUUCGAUGGCUUGUUAGGAUACUCCCAGGGUGGAUCGAUGGCCGCUCAAAUCGCCAUCAGGCUCCUCAUAGAGAACCCAUACGCCACACCCCAGGAGUUACCAAUCAAGUUCCUGGUGCUCAUCAACAGCGCCGUACCGCCUUUCAUCAUGCCGCUGGAUGAGCAAGAAGUCACGGACCUACCGAUUGAGGAGGCGCCAAAGCUGCAGAUGCUAUUCGACGUCUUCAAGGCGAACCCCGCCGAUCACCUGGACAAAGUGCGGCCGGCGAAGCUUGCCAACGGUAGACAGGCUCUCGUGAGCAAAACGCACUACAUGACGUUUUUCGACAAGGCUUGGGACGGCCACCCACUCUCCAUGCCUUCGCUGCACAUUACCGGCCUGGGCGACGCCCCAGAGUACGGCCAGCAACUGUUUGAUAUUGCCGAACCCGGUCAAGCGGAGCUGAUUGGGCAUGUGUUUGGGCACGACUUCCCGCGAGGGCUGGAUAUGAACAAGACGAUUGCCAGUUCGAUAAUGGCGCUGGCGGAUAGAGCCUUGUAG